CCCCCGCCAUGAAUGUAAUAAUAGUGUUGAGGCAGCAGCUGCGUGCUGAGGAUGGCGGCUCCUGCUGGCACCACUUGUUAACCUGUGAUAUUGACCUCCCCUCAGCCUUAUUACCCUGGCUGUGGUGACCACUGGCAGUGUUGACCUCUGUGACCUGCAAGGGUGGUGUCAAGAGGUCAGGUCACCAGGAUAAUGUGAGCACACAGCUUACCCGGCCCAACACACCAACAUGAUGGACUGGUUGAUCAUGGGUGUGGCUCUGCUGCAUCUUGUAACUGCUCCAUACACCAAAGUGGAAGAGAGUUUUAACCUACAAGCCUGCCAUGAUCUGCUUUACAAUGGGAUUAAUCUGGAGGAGUAUGACCACUUGGAAUUCCCAGGGGUGGUUCCACGUACAUUUGUGGGUCCCAUAGUGGUGUCAGUAAUUGCCUACCCGGCUGUGGCUGUUAUCCAACUUCUUGGACUCAACAAAUUUAUUGCUCAGUACAUUGUGCGUGGUGUACUGGGACUUCUGGUUAUUGUGGCAUGGCGAAGACUCCGCAAGCAGUUACAAGAGAGUUUUGGACUGCCCCUCACAUUCUGGUUCACAUUCAUCACAGCCUCCCAGUUCCAUUUCAUGUACUACUUAAGUCGCCCACUUCCAAAUACAUUUGCACUUGUUGUUGCUCUGCUUGCAUUCUCUUUCUGGUUGGAGCAGCAACACCAUGCACUUAUAUGGACGUGUGGAAUUGCAGUGUUGAUAUUCCGCUCUGAAUUAUGUCUAUUUUUGGGGCCCAUGUUGCUGGCUGAUCUCCUUACUCGAAGAUUACAGACCCUACCAUUUCUUCAGUGUGUGAUACCAGCUGGACUCUGCUGCUUAAUGACAACUAUUGCCAUAGAUUCACUGUUCUGGGGUCGACUACUGUGGCCAGAAGGAGAAGUUUUCUGGUUUAAUACUUAUAAAAACCAAAGCAGUACCUGGGGUACUUCACCAUUUUUGUGGUACUGGUACUCUGCACUACCAAGAGCUUUGGGUUCAAGCUUUCUCUUGGCUCCUGUAGGUGUGGCCCUUGACAAGCGGUUGCAAGUACUAAUUACACCAGCUCUAAUAUUUGUCAUCCUGUAUUCCUUUCUGCCCCACAAGGAACUUCGGUUUAUUAUAUAUGUCUUCCCAGUCUUCAACAUUGCAGCUGCCAGAGCUUGCCAAUUUUUCUGGGAAGGUCGAGAAAAAUCUGGCACUCGUCAGUUAUUAGCCAUUGGAUGUGUGCUCCAUCUGCUAGUGAAUGCGGCAUUCACCACUCUUCUGCUCACCAUAUCAGCCAAUAAUUAUCCGGGAGGAGCAGCUAUACACAAGCUGCAUCAGAUAAUCCCUCCAGAUGCAUUUGCCAAUGUUCAUAUUGAUAACUAUGUAGCUCAAACUGGAGUAUCAAGGUUUACACAACUUCAUGAUCACUGGAGAUACAACAAGACAGAAAAUAUGAAAGCAGGAAGUAAAAGUAUGAGGUCUUUCAGUCACCUUCUGGUCGAGGCCAAGUCAAAAUACUCAUACAAUCUGAAGCAUUACACGUCCUCUCAUGAGAUUGUCUCUUCAGUAGAAGCAUUUUCACAUCUCAGUUUCAAUUAUCAGCAAUUUCCUCCAGUAAAGGUGAGAGUCAAGCCAGCAGUGUUUCUGUUAAAGAAUCUAGAUGAAGAAAGCAUAGAUUGGUCAUGGAUUCCUGUUGAAACUCCAGAAAUAGUGAUAGAAAGCACUAGCACAGGAGAAGAGCUGACGCAGGAAGAAAGUGUAGAUAAACCUAUCGAGGAUGAAGAUCGCAAAGACAUAUUAGAGGAGAAUAGUUUUAAGUCAGAAGAGAAAGUGACAGAUAAAACAGAAAGUGAAGGCAAGAUAAGUGAUGAAAUGAAUAUGGAGAGUAUAAAUCAGCCACAGUUACAGGGAGAGAAAGUAGAAUAUAACAGAGGUAUUGUUGAAAACAUGGAACCAGAAAUAGUCACUGAAGAAACUGGUAUGCUUUCAGAACCCACACUUCCAAAUACUGGCUGCUUUGCCCCUGAAGGGGAAAUUAUUGAUAUUGAGGAUGUUCAUGCUCAUGUAGAUAAGCAAGAUACCUCUAAAUCUUGUACUAGGGAAGAGAUAAUUGAAGCAGCAGAGGAGCCCUUGGAAGUGGUUGAAGAUUUAGGAAGUGAUGAAAAAGAUGACAUUGCAGGAACUUGUACUCUUUGCAGUUCAGGUGGUAAUGAUCCUAAUGAUAUUUCUGAUGUCAACAAGUAUUCUAAAGGUAACACUGAAGAGGUUCAUAACGAUCAUGUAGAUCAAGCUAGUAUCAGUAAUGAGGAUCAUAAUAUUGAUAAUGAAAAUGUAGGUUUGAGUAGUGAUAAAGGCAAGGAAAAUAUUGAUGUGAAGGAUAAGACUGAAGGUAAAAUUAAUUCUGUAGAUAGCAAUGGUAAUGUUAAUGAUAAUGCUGAUGUUUUUGUUAAUAUUGAUAUACAGAGUGAUGCCAGUGAUGAUAUAUCUGACACUGUUCUUGAAACCAAUCCAGAAAUUCUUGAUGACAAAGGUGAAGCUACUUUACCCCCUGAGGAGAGCACAGAAAUUGGGGAAGAUUUAGACCAAGUUGAUGAUGUUGGUGACGAAGAGGAAGCUGAGCUUGUUGAAGUGACAUUAACAUUAGAUGAAAAUGAUGCCAAGGGUAAAGCUGAUGAAGAAGAUGAUUCACUUUCUAUGCUGGAGGAGAUUAUUAUGAAGAUCAGACAGUUUUGUUGGAACAUCUUUAUCUUCUGUGCAGUGUGCUAUAUUGGCACAUCUCUAUACUAAUCACUGUAUGCCCCUCAUUACCCUCUCGUCUCUGUUCUAAACUGUGCAGCUAACUGCACUGUUUUGUGUCCAUUGUGUUGGCACCUGCAUUGUGGACAUUACAAUUUGCUACACUGGGCCGUGCAACUUGAAUGCAGAAUUGUUGAAAAUUAUUUUAUGGUGUAUUGAACUACACCUGCCUAUACAAAUUCAGUCUCCUGAGGCAAAAAAUCCUACAUUUAUUUAUAUAUACAUUGACUUAAAUGCAAAUGACAACAAUCACUAAAAAUCACUAAUGAAUAAUAGCAAUGUUCACUAUGCAUAUAUAUACCAGAAUGGAGAAUAUAAAUCAAAUGCUGGUUAAAUUUAGAGGCCCAGAUAAGAAUAUUAUUGCUUCCUCGAAUAUUCUUGUUCUAUUGUGAAACAGGCUUUACAUAAGUGACUUGCAUCACAGACCUAUAGAAUUAUGUAUGGUACAGUAUUGUAUAUAGCAAAGAUUGAGUGGCCAGUGAAAAAACAUAAAAUGGAAUUGAAAUUCAUUUGUGAGCAGAGGGAUGAUUUCCUUGCACUACAUCUGCUAUUCCUAGAGCAGGUGUAGAGCAUUAAGCCAGUCAGACUGUAGCUCAUAAGAAUCAUGAGAAUGAGCACCACCAGAAAUACAGCUUGAGCACUUAAGUUCCCUGUGGGCCCAGUAAUAUUGCAGAAGUGCCACAUUGUAUCACCUUGUACACAGAUCCAGGGACACUACCCAUAUUAUUUUGGAGAUGAAUAUCCAGCAAAAGAAUUUCCUUCAUAUUAACUUGAGUUUUAAAGUGUUGUAUGGUUUUACUGAGAAGUGCUACUUAUUUUGCCUACUUUAUUAGCAUACAAAAGUUUUAACAUCUUAUCAAACUUUACUGAACCAGAGCAGAUAAAG